AUGCAGUGGGUGGGCCUGAGCUCGCCGCCGGCGGCGCCGACGGUGGUCUGGAUGCGGCGGCGUCCAAGAACAACGAGAUGGCCGCAGAGGAGCUCGUCCGCCGCACGGAGGGCGGUCGUGGCGGCCGCGUCCUCGUCCCCACCGUCAUCCGAUGCCAACUCGAGCUCCAACUCGCCGGGCAGUGACGAGGAGGCGGAGGAGGCCGCGGGGAAGGCGGAGGGUGACAAGACGGCGGCGGCCUUCUUGUUGAGGAGCCAGAAGUACGCUAUGCUCAAGCAGCAGCUCGCCGUAGCCGCCCAACUCGAGGAUUACAAGGAGGCUGCGAGGUUGAGGGACUCGUUGAGGUUGUUCGAGGAAGAGGAGCCCGUCCUCCGCCUCCGCCGCUCGCUGAAAAAGGCGGUCGAGGAGGAGAGGUUUGCGGAUGCUGCCAAGUACAGAGAUGAACUGAUGAUUUUGGCUCCGCACUCCCUCCUCAAAUGUUCUAGUGAUGCUACAACUCUGGGGAUAAGGGUUCAAGUCAGGAGUGUCUAUAUUGAAAGCCGGAGCCAACCCUUAAAGGGGAAGUUCUUUUUUGCCUACAGAAUCAGAAUUACAAAUAAUUCUCAGCGUGCUGUACAGCUUCUCAGACGACACUGGAUUGUCACUGAUGCAAAUGGAAGGACAGAGAAUGUUUGGGGUGUUGGUGUAGUGGGAGAGCAACCUGUGAUAUUCCCAAAGACGGGUUUUGAGUACUCAUCCGCAUGCCCACUAAACACUCCAAAUGGGAGAAUGGAAGGUGAUUUUGAGAUGAAGCACAUUGACAAGGUUGGAUCCUCGACAUUCAAUAUCGCUAUCGCACCAUUCUCUCUGUCAAUCCUCGGGGACGACAACGACGCUCCCCUCUGA